AUGUCAACCCGCAAGAUUGGCAAGAGAGCUUGUGACGCGUGCAAGAUCCGCAAGAUCAAGUGCACGGAGGUGCCGCCGUGCGAUGGCUGCGUCGCCAUCGGCACCGCCUGCACCUUCCACAAGGUCCCCGCAACCCGGGGCCCCCGGAACUUGAGGGCGAAGACGAUACGACAGAUCGCACAGGCCCAGCAGGAGAGUUGCGCCGCCGGCGCCGGUAGCGGCGGUGAUGCUGCCGCCGUCACUGCUGCUUCCGAGGGCGAUGGGGCCGUUGCACCGGCAGCCGGGGCGGCACCUGCUUCCAACCCGUCGCCCUCGCGGUCACCUUCCUCGUCGGAGGAGGGUUCGUCUGAUGGAGGCUCUGCUGGGGGACAGCGGGUCGUUCGACAAGAGACCAACCUUCCUCUCCAACCCCAGAGGACCCCGAUUCCGUCCCUGGUCCUGAGGUUAUGCGUUUACCGCCUUCGGUUAUUCCCAGUAUGGCCCAUCAUCGCCGUGGAGGAGAUCAUGGCCUCACUCCAUCGGGAUGCCGACGAUCUGGAGUCCUAUGUCUUGGCGAAUGCCGUCGGAGCUGCCACCAUCGCACAGCUCAAGCUGUCCACGACUGACAGCAACGAUCCUGCGACGGCGAGUUCCAUGGAAGCGGAGUGCCAGCGGUCGAGAAUGGCCCUGCAGGAACGCGAGGGAGGUCCACCGAUGAACCUUAAUUGGUUGAGGACGUCCUUCUUCCUCCAUGUCUAUCAUGAAAACCAACAGCCUGGUGGGGCCAAGUCCCUCCUCUACCUACGGGAGGCCAUCACCAUCGCUCAAAUCAUGGGGUUGCACAAGGAAACGUCCUACAUGUCCUUGCCUCUUCCCGAACAACAGAUGAGACGAAGGAUACUGUGGUUACUAUUCGUCACUGAAAGGGGCGUGGCCAUGCUUCACAAGCUGCCGGUGGCAUUGAAGUCCAACAUACGGUUCCCGUCGUUGGAUGCCUCGGGAGUCGGAGAGGAUGAAGGCCACAUCCUGCCGGCCUUCAAGAAGCUUGCGAAUUUGUUCUGGAUUUUUGACCAAAGCGGCGCCUUCGACAUCCUCCAGAAUUCGGAUGACGAGGAUGCCAUCUGGUCCAUGGCGGACGGUCUGCAGACCGCCAGCAGGGCCUGCCUCGACGUCGUUCAGAGGAAGCUUCAGGAGAUUCCUCUGGAAUCCGAUGCCAGUUCUGAUGUCCAGCGCGCCGACAUUGUCGUGACACGUCAGUGGAUGCAGGCCGUCCUAUGGAAAGUCACUAUGAACCAUGGUCGAGCCUGGUCAUCGAACCAAAACGUCACGUCUCUUUCGCAUCCCAUCCAAAUCGCCAAGGAGUUUCUUCAACUCAUUUCUCAGCUUCCCAGUACCGCCAUUGAAGCCCAUGGGCCCGGAAUAGAGUUUAAAAUCUACGAGAUCGCCAGCGCUGUCACCGAUGCCGUUGCGAACAAUUUUCGACUUCCACGCUCUUCUACAGAUGGGCCGAGGGAUAUCCUUCUUCAGCUGCAGAGGGUUCUCGCAUCAUGCCGCGGUGGCAACAAGGCGUUAUUAGAGAUGCUUUGUGCUCGUAUCGCGGAAGUUCAAGACGGGCCCCUGAUGAUCAUGGGUCGAAACCCAACGCCAAGAGUCCAAGAAGUUGAUGACAAUCAGUGGCGCGAGGGUAACCGACCAAAUGGCUCGUCUCCCAUGUUCACGCCGAUCGAUGGGAUGCCAGAUUCUGGUCAAGUCUACGCUCAGGCUCAGGCAAGCUUCAUGGCCAUGUUUGACAGAGACACGCCGGUUCAAGCCAUGGGCAACGAUGGUACCGUACCAAUGUCGCCCCAGCGGCAGAACGUCGACCGAUCCAACAUGUGGGAUCAAUCUACCCAGUUGGGCCCGGGGGCACACGAUCUUAUCGACCAGCUACAACAUUUCGAUGGGUCCUUCAACACCGUCGAGUCCAAUGGCACCCUGGACAUGCUGUUCGCCAACGGAGCCUUGUGGGAUAACGUCACGGGUGACGACUGGAUGGCACCGGUACAAAGCAAUCCCGGUGUUUUCACGACUUCGCCGCAAGCUACAGCAAAUCUACAGAGACCGUAUGAGUAG